GUGGCGGCGGCGGCGAGGAGCUGUGCCUUCCACCUCUCCAGCCCCGGCAGGACGGGGGCGGCCGCCGCGGGCCCGGGGCGGGGACAGCACGCAGCCUCGCAGCGCACACCCCCGCCCGGCAGCGGCCCCGACACCCGGGGCGAGCGGGAAAGCGGCGGCGGCGGCGGCGGCGGCGGCGGCGGGGGAAGGAUGCAGGGGAAGAAGCCGGGCGGCUCGUCGGGCGGCGGCCGGAGCGGCGAGCUGCAGGGGGACGAGGCGCAGAGGAACAAGAAGAAGAAAAAGAAGGUGUCCUGCUUCUCUAACAUCAAGAUCUUCCUGGUGUCCGAGUGCGCCCUGAUGCUGGCGCAGGGCACGGUGGGCGCCUACCUGGUGAGCGUCCUGACCACCCUGGAGCGGAGGUUCAACCUGCAGAGCGCCGACGUGGGCGUGAUCGCCAGCAGCUUCGAGAUCGGGAACCUGGCCCUCAUCCUCUUCGUGAGCUACUUCGGGGCGCGCGGGCAUAGGCCGCGCCUCAUCGGCUGCGGCGGCAUCGUCAUGGCCCUGGGCGCGCUGCUGUCGGCGCUGCCCGAGUUCCUGACCCACCAGUACAAGUACGAGGCGGGCGAGAUCCGCUGGGGCGCCGAGGGCCGCGACGUCUGCGCCGCCAACGGCUCCGGCGGCGACCAGGGCCCCGACCCGGACCUCAUCUGCCGCAGCCGGACCGCCACCAACAUGAUGUACUUGCUGCUCAUUGGGGCCCAGGUGCUCCUGGGCAUCGGUGCUACCCCCGUGCAGCCCCUGGGCGUCUCCUACAUCGACGACCACGUGCGGAGGAAGGACUCCUCGCUGUACAUAGGAAUCCUUUUCACGAUGCUGGUAUUUGGACCAGCCUGUGGAUUUAUCCUAGGCUCUUUCUGUACCAAAAUCUACGUGGAUGCUGUCUUCAUUGACACAAGUAACCUGGACAUCACUCCGGACGACCCCCGCUGGAUCGGAGCCUGGUGGGGCGGCUUUCUGCUCUGCGGUGCCUUACUCUUCUUCUCUUCCCUCUUGAUGUUCGGGUUUCCACAGUCUCUGCCCCCACACUCAGACCCUGCCAUGGAGAGCGAGCAAGCCAUGCUCCCCGAAAGAGAAUAUGAGAGACCCAAGCCCAGCAACGGGGUCCUGAGGCACCCCCUGGAGCCCGACAGCAGCGCCUCCUGCUUCCAGCAGCUGAAAGUGAUCCCGAAGGUCACCAAGCACCUGCUCUCGAACCCUGUGUUCACCUGCAUCAUCCUGGCCGCCUGCAUGGAGAUUGCAGUGGUGGCUGGCUUCGCUGCCUUCUUGGGGAAGUACCUGGAGCAGCAGUUUAACCUUACCACCUCUUCUGCCAACCAGCUGCUCGGUAUGACUGCAAUCCCAUGUGCCUGCCUGGGGAUCUUCUUGGGCGGUCUCCUGGUGAAGAAGCUCAGUCUUUCUGCCCUCGGGGCCAUUCGGAUGGCCAUGCUCGUCAACCUGGUGUCCACAGCUUGCUAUGUCUCCUUCCUCUUCCUGGGCUGUGACACGGGCCCUGUGGCUGGGGUUACUGUUCCCUAUGGAAACACCUCAGCGCCUGGCUCGGCCCUGGACCCCUACUCGCCCUGCAAUAAAAACUGUGAAUGCCAGACCGAUUCCUUCACUCCAGUGUGUGGGGCAGAUGGCAUUACGUACCUGUCUGCCUGCUUUGCCGGCUGCAACAGCACGAAUCUCACCGGCUGUGCGUGCCUCACGACCGUCCCGCCCGAGAACACGACUGUGGUUCCCGGAAAGUGUCCCAGUCCCGGGUGCCAAGAGGCCUUCCUUACCUUCCUGUGUGUGAUGUGUGUCUGCAGCAUGAUCGGGGCAAUGGCGCAGACACCCUCGGUCAUCAUCCUUAUCAGGACAGUGAGCCCUGAACUCAAGUCUUACGCCCUGGGAGUCCUGUUCCUCCUCCUCCGUUUGUUGGGCUUCAUCCCCCCUCCCCUCAUCUUCGGGGCCGGCAUCGACUCCACCUGCCUGUUCUGGAGCACCUUCUGCGGGGAGCAAGGCGCCUGCGUCCUCUAUGACAACGUGGCCUACAGAUACCUGUACGUCAGCAUCGCCAUCGUGCUGAAGUCGUCCGCCUUUGUCCUCUAUACAACCACGUGGCAGUGCCUGAGGAAAAACUAUAAACGCUACAUCAAAAACCACGAAGGCGGGCUGAGCACCAAGCCAGACAGGAUUCAGAAUAAGGAGAGCAUGGGAUCGUGUGUUUGUCGUCCGACCUGCUGGGGCCCAGAGUCUACUCUUUGAAGGCACCUCAUGCUUUCUCGGGAUGCCGACAGCUGCAAGCAACAGGCACUGCCAAAUUCAGGGAACAGUGGUGGCCAGCUUGGAGGAUGGACGUUUCUGGAUAUACAUACACAUACAAAACAAAUUUUUUUAAAAAGUCUACUAAACAUCACAAGUUGACAACCAGGAUAAGCACUAGGGACACACACCCCGUGCUACCUGCCUCCUCCACGUGAGGGUGGGGAGCAUGCAAGUUGGAGGAGCGGGUGCCCCCUCCUCUAACUUUCGCAAUAUGGGUCACUGUGUAGACGACUCACCCAGUCUGCAUGUGGUUCAAGGCCCCCGAGUUCUCUCAGCGAUGCUAAUGGGUGAUCCGUGCUGGAGUCUGUAAUUGGCACCUCUCACCAGCUCCAUGUUCAUGUUCGAGACUGAGGGCCCGAGAGGGGAGCCAGGCGUGGGGGGCCAGCACCUCACCCCCCCCCCCCCGCCGGCCCCCCCCCCCCAGCCCCGCAGAGUGACCUCAGGAAGCAGUGGGCCUCGCCUGGCUAUGACUGACUUCGCUCAGAGCCGGUGAAAACCACACAGUCCAAGUCAUUUGCUUACAUUUGCCAAACAUUUUACCAUUUUUAAAGGAAAAAAAAAUGCAAUGCAUAUGAAUUUCAAACUGUUGUAUGUAUAAUCUUCUAAUACUAUUUUUAACCACUUCUAAAAUCCGUGUUAACCCUUCAAUCACUAACACAGUUCUCUAGGCUGAGUUUAUUAUGCUGGUUGCUUUUUCCUUUACUCCUUUUUUUAAUGCACCAAAAAUAUAAUGUGAUUCAAGGGAUGCAA